AGGUCCAAGGCAGCAUCUCAAAACACGACGACACCUGCCCUUUACUAGAGAACUGUGUUGUAAAUUCAGAGCCUGGACUGGUAUGUGUAGUGAUGAUUAUGAUAAUCAUGUGGUGGUGGACUUCACCUGGGGACAGCACGGUGAUUAUUGCCGUAAAAUCUCAGGGUCCUAGGUUCCAAAUUCAGUCCUGUUGUAGUCAAGGUACUUACCCUGAGCUGAUGCAGUAAACCUACCGAGGUGAAUGAAUGAAUGAAUGAAUGAAUCAUUGUGAGGUUGACUGUGGUCUCUUCGGACAAGCCCAGCCGCACGUUUCGGCGGGUACAGGAGUGAGGAGACGGUUGGGUUGCGCUGCGCGUUGGCGUCUCCCCGCUGUGACGUCACGGGGGGGCGCGGUGGUGAGGAGCUCGCGCUGGGACACAGCUGUCCUGCCAGUCUCUCCGCUGAGAUGCGGGUCCGUCUUUGUGGAGCCGUGUGCAGCUGUACAGUGCGCUAUUAAAGAGGAUUCGCACUCGGGGCUCGCGCUCACUUUCGCUUCUGCGCCUCCGCGCUCCCUGCUGCUGCACGCGCAGCGCCCGCCAGUCGCAGCCUACACGUGCGGGCAGGCAGGCAGGCAGGCAGGCAGAGGCGCCCCUCCGCAGUGGACAGCCACCCACCCACAGCGGCCCCGAUCGUUCCACAUCCCCUUGGACAGAGGUGUCCGAAAGGAGAGCCGUCAGCCCGGGGAUGGGCGAGACAGCAGCCGCAGAAGAAGAUGGAACUGUGACGAGAUCGGCCGAGUACGUGGGGUCCUUCCCCGUGGAUGACUGCUGCCUGGAUGACCAGAUCCAGCUGCUACACAGACAGCUGCAGUUUCUCAAGACUUGCCCCAGGCGGAGGUCGGUCUCCUUAAAAUUCUCCAUCAAAGGGGUGAAGAUGUAUGAUGAGGAUGAAAUGACCUUGCUGAUGGCCCACGCACUGCGCAGGAUCUCCCUCUCCACCACCUGCCCCUCAGAUGAGCAGUUUGCUUUCGUCUCCCACAACCCCGGGAGUCUUGACACCCAGCUCUACUGCCACCUCUUCAAGGCGAGACACGCUCGAGCAGCCCAGUUUCUGAAUGUGCUGUUGUGCCGCUGCUUCCAGCUGUUGUACCUGCAGAAGAAUCCAGAGGAAGCUGAAGGGCAAUCAGCGAGCCCCCUGCCAACCCCCGCUCCAUCCCUGCUCAACCAGGGUUUCCCCCUUAGUGUCAGUGCCCUGGUGUCUUUCCGGAGGGCCCCCAUGCUGGGACUUCUGUCAGGGGAAAAGCCCCCCUCCCAGCACAGUGAUGAGCAACCAAGCAGCCCAGAGGAGGGCCCCACCUCUUCUCCCAUCCUGGUGCGCAAGAAAGCUAUCAGAAACAAAGUGCUGCGCUCCGGGGCAUAUCGUUCUUUUACUUACACCUCCCACAAGCAGCGAAGCAUGGAAAAUCAGCUCAACUUAUCACAAGGAAAGAGGAGGGAAAGCCAGGCUGUUCCAAGGGGCCGAUCCCCCAGCCUGGCUGAGACAGAAGAAGCCCUUGCAGAAGCUGUGUGGUGCUGUGCUGGCAUCUCUAGUGCGAGCAGCUCUUCUCUGCUGGAGGACGACGUCCUAGGCUCGUUCCUCCUCUCCUCUCAGGCCACGGCACCUGGGUGUGGGUCCUUGACUGUACGCUGCCCCUCCGGCCUGGUCACAUACAAAAUCAACAAAACUAGUAAAGGAAAAUACCUACUUCAGAAUUGUCACAAAGAGUUUGACACCAUUGCUGCCUUGGUCGAGCACUACCAUGAGUUCAUGGGGGAGCUGGAGUGCCCACUGAGCUACGCUCGCGUUAACCAUUGCUACGAGUGGGAUGAGAACAUUGGAAAAGCCCUGACUUUCAGCACAAGUAAGGUCCCAGUUAAUGUGUAGCAAGAUUGCACGGAAAUGACAAGGUGUGGUGCUUGUCUUUAAUCACUAUUGAUUUGAUUUACAUGACCAGGAGAUGAGUGAGUUCUCAGUGUGAGAUUGCAGUCCAUUGGUCACGAAAAUGCUGUCUUGAUGUACAUUUUCAGACAGACGAAGAAACAGUUUGCCUGGUUGAUAGAUUACAGGGUUCUGAGAAUUCAGUCCAUACAGAGCUUUAUACACUAGUAUUAAACAUAAGCAAAUGUGAUCCCUUUCCACUUCAGUUGAAAAGUCAGCCUCAAUGCUGCUUCUACCUCUGGGAGAACAGUUUGGAGUGGAGUUCUGCUCACAGAAGUGUUUGUGUUUUCAGCAGUCUGACUGCAGGCUGUGUACCAAUGUGUUAACCCUCUUACUGGGUGGAACUUGGGGAUACUCACUCCUUUUAUUUGCAUUUUUCUUGUAGUUUGUAAAACAGCUGCUCCUUACUCACAAAGAUGGUGUAACUUCUUUUGCAGCAGUGUGGUUUUAAUACAAACUAAAGUCUAUGCGGUGCUCCAGAAUUUGUCUGCCAGUGCCUGUACCCUCCCUGCAUCAGCUGUGAUUCAUGUCCAUGUCACCUGCAACUGCAUGAUGAGUGGCUGCAUUCGAACUGAUGGUCUGUUCAAAAGCCUGCAGUUCAUUUUAAACAUACUGUGCUGAUACACUGCUACUCAAGUUAAUUAUUUUGUGUAUAUUUUUAAUUUUAAUGCAUUGUGAAAGAAAAUGUUUCUUGCUAUAUUAAGGAAGACUGACGUGUUUAUGAUUGUAUCCUUUGUAUCACAAACUACUAAAAACCUCUUCAGGCAACAAUAAAAACCAACUGUCAG